AUGUUUUCAGGGAAAAUUUCAUCAUUUUCGAAGAAGAGUGAACUAAAGAUAGGAGAGUCUGCAACCUUUUCUGCUUGUGUUAAUUCAAGCAACAACCAUGGUGCUUCCUCCGUUCAUGAAAAUGCUUCUCAACAUUUAAAGAUUGUAGAAAAGAUUACUACAUUGAAUGGGAAAGUGAGUACCAAUAUCCAAGGACAUAGUAAUGGAGCCUCCCUCGAAAAUCAUCACAAGAACAAGACCAUCCUAGCAGCAACCAUGUCACUGAUUAUUUUCUAUGAAGGGUUCAAGCACUACCUAGGAAUUCCAAAUAAUUUGCUUGGGUGCAUAUGCUUCCAAGAAAUGAGUUUCCUGAUGAUAUUACUGGUUUUCAUCACAUACAGCCUAUCCUUAUAA